AUUCAAUGAGGAAAAAUUAUAUCCAUAGAAUAAUAAUGAUAAAAAUAAUCCUUUAAAUGAAUAUACACAUGAAAUUCAAUAGAAUAAUGAUUCAAUGUAUAUUAAUUCUAUUUCACUUAGUAACUAUCUUCUAUGAUGUAACCUGUAAUAUCCCAUAUUCUAAUCAAUUAUCUAUGAAACCAUCAUUAUAUAAACAAACUAAUCAAAAUAUUGAAAGUAUAUCUAUGAUAAAUCAACCAAAUAGACCAUAUAUAAAAAUUUAUGAUCCAGAUCAUAAUGAUCCAAAUUAUUUACCACCACCACCACCCCCACCAACACCAACAACAAUAAUAACACAAAAUUUAAUCAAUAAUACAGAAUUAAUCAAUGAAAAUAAAGAAAAUCAAUAUAAAGAAGAAAUUUAUACAAAAACAUCUAUGAGAGAUCGUAUAGUAAAUUUAAUUAUGUCAAAAUAUCGAAGUUAUGAACGUCCACCAGAUGGUGGUAAUGCAACUAUAGUAACAGUUAAUAUGAAAGUAUUAGCUAUAUUUUCAAUUGAUGUACGUACAAUGGAUUAUUAUAUAGAUUUAUUAUUAAGACAAGUAUGGCGUGAUCGUCGUUUAUCAUGGUAUGAUAUACCAGAAUUUUCUAAAUUUAAUGAACCAUUAGUAUCACCUAAAUUAAAAGAUCAAUUAUGGUUACCAGAUUUAUUUUUUCGUAAUGGUAAAGAUGGUUAUUUACAUAAAUUAACAUUACCAAAUUAUUUAUUACGUGUACAUCCAAAUGGUAAUGUAUUAUAUAGUCAAAAAAUUACAAUGAGAUUUUCAUGUCAAAUGCAUUUACAAACAUUUCCAAUGGAUAAUCAACAUUGUCAUAUUAAUAUUGGUAGUUAUGGUUAUACAUUAAAUGAAUUAAAAUUUGUAUGGAAUCAUAAUAAACCAGUUGAAUUAGCUGAAAAAUUACAAUUAUCUGAAUUUGAAACACCAAAACAAUUUAUUACAAAUGAUUGUUCAUCGGGUUAUUCUACAUCAACUGGACAAUAUACAUGUUUAAAUGCAACAUUUGAAUUACAAAGACAAUUAGGUAGUUAUUUAGCAACAACUUAUAUACCAAAUGUAUUAAUUAUUAUGGUAUCAUGGUUAAGUUUUUGGGUAAAUGUUGAUUCAGCACCAGCACGUGUACCAUUAGGUUUAUUAAGUUUACUUGGUAUAUUAACACAAGCUAUAAGUGUAUCAUCAACAUUACCACGUGUAUCAUAUAUUAAAGCUAUUGAUAUAUGGAUGAUAUUUUCUAUUAUAUUUGUUAUUGGUGUAUUAGUUGAAUAUGCUAUAGCAUUAACUAUAUUAAGACGUAAACAAUCAGAAACAUGGCAUGAAGAUGUUAAAGAGAUAGUACGUGAAGAAUUAGCUAGAUGGUGUGCUAUAUGUCAACAACAACAAUUAAUACAAUUACAAAAUUCUAAUCAAUUAAUUAAAGGACAAUUAGAAUUUCAUGAAGAAUUAGAACAUUUAUUAACUAAUCAAUUUAUUGAUGAUUAUAAAGAUAAAACUAAACCAAAACGACCACCUGGUUUAAUUGAAUCAGAAAUUGAUACAUAUAGUAGAUUUUUAUUUCCAGCAUGUUUUGUAUUAUAUAAUUGUUUUUAUUGGUGUUAUUUUUUAAUUAUUGUUAAUCAAAUUUAAUCAUGAUCAAUUAUUGAUUGUUUAUCGAUUAAUCGAUCAAUUGAUCGAUCAAUUGAUCGAUCAAUCAAUCAGUCGAUUCCUUCUUAUGUUUGUUCUUGAUAUAUGUUACUACUCAUGAUUCAUCAAGAUCAAUCGUUUGUUGCUUAUCGAUAAACCGAUCGAUCAAUCAAUCAAUCCAUCAAUUCCUUCUUAUGUUCUUUCUUGAUAUAUAUUGCUAUUGAGAUACUUGAAACUUUUCAACUCUUAUAGAGUUUAACAAUCAAAUAUAAUGAAUUUGAUGUUAUUAAUACAUUUGUAAUGAUCUUAUGCAUGUAAAAAAUCUAUGACUUAUUCAUUCAUUGUUAAUCGAUCAAUCAAUUCCGUCUUAUCUUCUUUCUCGAUAAAUGUUACUACUCAUAUACGUAAAAUUUUCUACCUUUGUAAUAGUUUCUCAAUUAAAUGUAAUGAAGUUGAUAUUAUGAUCCAUUAGUAAUAUAUUUGACGUUAUCUUAAUCAUACAAAAAUCGAUUACUUAUUCAUUCUGUAUCAAUCGAUCGAUCAAUCCCUCUUUAUCUCCCUUCUUGAAAUAUGUUGCUACUCAUGAUUAAUCAAAAGCAAUCAUUUAUUCUUAAUCGAUCGAUCGAUCGAUCAAUCAAUCGAUCAAUCAAUCAAUUCAUUCUUGAAAUAUUUUGUCCCUCAGAUACUUGAAACUUUUUUGCCUCUUAUAGAGUUUCUCAAUCAAAUAUAAUGAGGUUGAUAUUAUGAUCAAUUAUUCAUGCAUUUGUAAUACAAAAAUCGAUUACUUAUUCAUUCUUUAUCAAUCGAUCGAUCAAUUAAUCAAUCCAUCCCCCCCGUUAUCUUCUUUUUUUUACUUUAAAACAUCUUGUUGUUAUGGUUAUUGUUGUUGUUGUUUUUGUUUUUGUUUUUCUAAAUGGAAACAAUUCUGUUGUUUAGCUUUUAGAUGAAUUAUACAAUUUGAAUAGAAUUCAUUGAAUGACUAUCAUAAUCAUGAUCAUCAUUAUCAUCACCAUUAUCAUCAUCACCAUCGUCUAUUACAUAAUCAACGAUAUACUAUGAGAGUACACAUUUUCCAAAUAAAAACAAAUACAUUCAAAAUUCAUUUGUAUACUUAAUUAUGAUCAUCUUUAUGUGUAAUUUCAUUGGGAAGAUUACCAUUCGUACCAUUCGUACCAUUAGUACCAUUGUUAUUAGUAUUACUAAUACUACCAAUAUAACCAUACUCAACUAAAUAAACAAACAUGGAUGCAUUUAGUAAACAUUAAUUGAAUAAUAUUUAAUAGUUCAUAUCAACCCCUUUCAUCGAUGUCAUUCAAUAAAGUAUUAUUAUCAUUCAUCAUUAUAACUUGGUUCAAUGUUCAUUUUUUUGUUUUUUUUGUUUUACUGUAAAGAAAUGUUAUCUAUUGUAUAC